GAAUCACGCGACGAGUAUUAAGUCUUGACGCGCCUCUUCUUCUUCUUCAUGUGUUUCCUCCUUCGGUUUUAAAAGCUCUCUUCUUUCGUUCCCAAAGCCAUCUCUCUCUCUCUUCUUUAAAGUUUUGAGAUAAGACUUUGAAGAGUGAAUUAGAGGAUAUUUGGUUUGGGUUGGUGUUGUUUCUGUGAUUACCCUUUUUGUUUUAUUAUUUCUAGGAGUGAUUUACCGUUAUGGGUCACUUUACAUGCUUUUGAUCAUUUACUUGGAGUGUUUUACUCGUGUUCAUUUUGGCUUUUACUUUGAUUCUUUUUGUCUUUUGGUAAUCAAAAAAAGAAGAAGAAGAAUGAAGGAGGAACAAUCAAGAACUCUGUUUGGAAUAUCUCUGUCUGAUCGACCAACUUGGCAACAGUUUCUCAUUUGCACUUCUGGUUUCUUCUUUGGCUACCUCGUUAACGGAGUUUGCGAGGAAUAUGUUUAUAAUCGGCUCCAAUUUAGCUUUGGUUGGUACUUCACGUUUAUACAAGGAUUUGUCUACUUAUUCCUCAUCUACCUUCAAGGCUUCACCACAAAACAUAUUGUGAAUCCCAUGAGAACUUAUGUCAAACUCUCUGCUGUUCUCAUGGGAUCACAUGGUUUAACCAAAGGAUCUUUGGCUUAUCUCAACUAUCCAGCUCAAAUCAUGUUCAAAUCCACCAAGGUGUUGCCGGUAAUGAUAAUGGGAGCGUUCAUACCCGGGUUGAGAAGAAAAUACCCGGUCCAUGAAUACAUUUCAGCGUUCUUGUUGGUUCUUGGUUUGAUCCUUUUCACAUUAGCAGACGCACAAAUGUCUCCUAAUUUCAGUAUGAUCGGUAUUUUGAUGAUUUCUGGCGCGUUGAUCAUGGAUGCUUUCUUGGGUAAUCUUCAGGAAGCUAUUUUCACUAUGAAUCCCGAGACAACUCAGAUGGAGAUGCUUUUCUGCUCAACGGUUGUUGGAUUGCCCUUCUUGUUCGUUCCCAUGGUCUUAACCGGUGAGCUUUUCCGUGCGUGGACUGCGUGCUCACAACAUCCAUAUGUGUAUGGAGUGCUUGUAUUUGAAGCCAUGGCCACAUUCAUCGGUCAAGUCUCUGUUCUAUCGCUCAUUGCACUCUUUGGAGCCGCUACAACCGCCUUAAUAACAACAGCGAGGAAAGGUGUUACGUUGUUGCUGUCGUAUUUGAUAUUCACAAAGCCAUUAACAGAACAGCACGGAUCGGGGUUGCUGUUGAUAGCAAUGGGAAUUGUAUUGAAGAUGGUACCGAUGGAUAGUAAACCUCCGAGCAAGAUUCAGGCGAGACCAGCGGUUAGGAAAGAUGGAGCUGAGGGUGAGAGAGGAGAUGAAGAGGAGAGAAAGUCACUAGUUUAAUAAUGUGCCCAUAUAUCUAUCUAUACAUGUUCUAUAUAAGAAGUUCAAAGGGUUUAUAUAGAAUAAUAUUGGAC